UAUUUGGUUGACAUUGACAGUUUCUAAUAUUGUAUCUAAUUGUGGGUAUACAAAUAAUAAAUCAGUUAUGCUUUGACUUGAGUUGAUGUUGUAUCUUUUAAUGGCGACUGAGUAAAAUUAAGUGAUUGUAGUGAAAUAUGGCAGCCAAUAUGGCUCAUGUGAUGUUUCCUGGACCAUUUAACCCCAAGACUGAUAAGUGGAGUGAAUAUAAGGACCGUUUGCUGUGUGCCCUUGAUGUGGCAGGGAUUGGUAACAAUGACCUUGACAAAGCUCGUUCUGUGUUUUUGUCUCAGUGCGGCAAAGAGACUUAUUCACUUAUUGCGUCGUUAUUAGUGCCUAUUCGUCCGACGAGUGUGCCUUUUAAAAACAUUUUGGAGGUUUUGGACAAAUUUUAUGAGCCUGAAGUGAAUGAAAUAUUGCAAGCCGGGAAAUUUCAUAAAUGCGUACAAUCCAAAGACGAAAGCGUGCAAGAGUUUGUGGCGGCUAUCAGUUUAUUAGGCGCCCAGUGUAAUUUUGUGGAUUUGAAACGUCAGUUACGGGAUAGACUUGUGUUGGGGGUGCGCGACGAGCGCCUGCGCCGCGAACUAUUGAAGGCCAAGGACCUCACGUACGAGUCCGCGGUGCAACAGUGCCUCAACUAUCAGGCGACGUUUCACGAUAUGUAUCCUGAACCUGUCAUCAACUCAAAGCUAACUCCAUCCACGUCUAGCGAGCCAAUGGAUAUUGGUAAAAUUCAGUCUGACGACUGUCGACACUGUGCCCGGCGUCAUAAAGUGAAUGAGCAAUGCCCUUUUAUGAAGGCUAGGUGUUUCUAUUGCAAGAAAUAUGGACACAUUGCGGCUGCUUGUUUAAAGAAAAAUGCAAAGGUGCACCAGGUGGGAUGUGAUUGUGCAGAAGGAGCCAAGGACGAUGUGAAUGUUGGUUCAGAGCAGAUGAUGGGUAUAUACAAGUGCACGGAGAGUUAUCGGCCGCCGAUUACAGCCGAUCUCUUGAUUGAUGGCGCAUCUAUUAACAUGGAGAUAGACUCCGGUGCCUCUCGAACCAUCAUGCCUGAAGAAACGUAUAAGAAGCUUUGGUACACGCCUCCCCCUCUGAAGUCGACGGAUGUGAAGCUCGUGACGUGGACCCGUGACCCGUUGAAGGUGUUGGGGGCCACACACGUUCGUGCAAGACUGGGCAAUAAAGAAGCUCAGUGUGAACUCUUGGUGGUGUCUGGCAAAGGCCCCUGUCUAUUAGGUCGAAACUGGUUUGAAGCCUUGGGCUUAGAAAUCUCGGGAAUUUGUUGGUCUGACGGUGAGGUAGAUAAUUUAGUCAGUCAGUUCCCAGAUUUAUUUAAAGAGACUCUCGGUGAAUAUAAGGGUCCCGCAAUAUCGUUGCAUGUUCGAGCGGACGCUAAUCCUCGUUAUUUGAAAGCGCGGCCGGUGCCCUUUCCCUUGAAGCAUCAAGUUGAAGAAGAAUUGAGGCGCAUGAUUGAUGCCGGUGUUCUCACUCCUGUCAGACAUUCAGACUGGGCAACACCGUUGAGGUUGGUGAAGAAAGACGAUGGGUCUCUGCGGAUUUGCGGAGAUUAUAGGUCUACGGUCAACCCUGCAAUUGAGGUCGAUACAUACCCACUCCCAGCAGCGGUUGAAUCUUUUGUGAAGCUCAGUGGCGGGCGAGUUUUCAGUAAAUUGGAUUUAAAACUAGCAUACCUGCAGCUGAAAGUUGAUGAGGACACGGCGAAGCUUUUAACACUCAACACACCACUGGGAUUGAUGAAAAUGAACAGAUUAGCGUUCGGAGUGAAUGCAGCGCCCGGUAUAUUUCAGAGAGUAAUGGCCAAUGCACUAUCAGGCCUCGAGGGAGUGGCCUGCCUGCUUGAUGACGUGGCCGUAGCGGGGAGAACCCUGACUGAGCACAAUGAGCGUUUGGUUGCAGUUCUUAAAAAACUAAACGACUUAGGGUUUCAUUUGAAUCCGAAAAAGUGUGUAUUUGCUACAAACUCGAUCCACUUUUUAGGCCAUAUGAUUGAUGCUGAAGGCCUGCACCCAUCGCCCUUGAAAGUCAAGGAAAUUAAAGAAAAGCCUGUCCCAACUAAUAAAGAGUCUUUGAGAGCGUUCUUAGGCUUGUAUAACUUUUAUGAGAAGUUUAUCCCGGGCAAAUCAACAAUACUGGAACCGUCGUAUCGACUAUUGGAGGCAAAAAGACCCUGGUCUUGGGGUGAAGCCGAGAAUACAGCAUUCGAGCGAGCAAAAGAACUGUUGUCUUCUGGUUUGACUCUGGUUAAUUAUGAACUUGACAGGGAAUUAUUACUUAUUUGUGACUCUUCCAGCUAUGGCGUAGGGGCUAUUAUUGCUCAUGUGAUGGAUGACGGUACGGAGAGACCUAUCAUGAUGGCUUCUAGGACGCUGCAGCCGCAUGAAAGAAGAUAUGGGCAAAUAGACAAAGAGGCCCUAGCUAUAGUUUUUGGAUUGACUAAAUUUCACGAGUUUUUGGCAGGUCGCAAAUUUUGUAUUAUUACCGACCAUAAGCCGUUGUUGGGAUUGUUUAACCCAAAGAAACUAAUACCGGAUCAGAUUUCGCCGCGAAUGUUACGUUGGGCAUUAAAAUUGAGUGCUUACGAGUAUGACAUUCAGUAUAGACCUGGGAAAUCUUUGGGUAAUGCAGACGCCUUAAGUCGAUGGACAGCUGAUGCGACUGCGGUGGACAUUGAAAAGACCGUUAGGGAAGUAUUAUUGCUCGAAGACCAACCAGAAGGAUGGAAUCUUGAUGCGUGCACGAUCUCAAGAGAAACGAAAAGAGAUACGCUCUUACAGAAGGUGUUAUUCCACGUUCUCCACGGUUGGCCGCGUUCUAACAUAGAUCCUGAGUUGCAGCCAUUUUGGACGAGAAGGGAGGCUCUUUCACACAGUAAAGGGUGUUUACUGUGGUGCAACAGAGUGAUCGUGCCUACGUCACUCCAGAGUGACGUACUGAAAAUAUUGCACGCCCCACACGCAGGCAUAGUUCAGACUAAGGCGUAUGCAAGAGGAUACGUCUGGUGGCCGGCAAUGGAUCAGCAGAUUGAACGGCAAGUGGCGGAAUGUGAGCAGUGCCAGAUGGUGAGGAACAACCCACCGCGAGACCCGCAAACUUGGAUUAUUCCCGAAAAGCCUUGGAGCCGCGUUCAUGUUGAUUUCGCUGGGCCAUUCCAAGGCAAAACAUUUCUAGUUUUGAUCGAUAGUUACAGCAAGUGGUUUGAGGCUGAGAUUAUGCCUUCAAUGGCCAGUGAGGCAGUGAUUGCAAGUUUGCGGAAAAUAUUUGCUUCUCAGGGCUUACCGGAUGUCUUGGUCUCAGAUAAUGGCAGGAAUUUCACUUCUCGAGAAUUUAAUACAUUCCUGAGGAAUAAUGGGAUUAAGCACUUGUAUUCCCCACCUUAUCAUCCCGCAUCAAAUGGCCAAAUUGAGAGGGCCAUUCAGACAUUUAAAAACAAACUUAGGAAAAUGGCCGAGGAGAGCAGACCUUGGUCAGAAAAAUUGCCAAAAGUCUUGUAUGCAAUGAGAACUGUACCGAACAGUUGCACCAAUAAGACACCUGCAGAAAUGUUAAACGGACGCCGGUAUAGAACAGCCGUGUCGUCCCUGCACCCGGACACAACCCCAACUAAUGCCGACGAGCAGCUGGAGGCGGCGGCACAGCGCACACCAUCUCGGACUUUUGUUGUUGAUCAGCCAGUAUUGGCUCGUAUGUAUGGGCCAGGCGAGAAAUGGCAGAGAGCAGUGAUCGAGAUGGUAGAAGGGCCCAGCGCGUAUUUAGUGAGGACGGAAGAUGGUGAGCUACAUCGUCGUCAUGUGGAUCAGUUGGUUGGACGAGCAGUUGCAACGGAACCAAGACCUGCUUCUGUGAGACAAACACAGGCGUCGAGUUCUACAUCAACAUCUUCCGACCCUCCUAUUGUCCUUCCACCACCUGAACAGUGGCCAGACAUUAUUGGCAUCCCAAUUACUGAUUAACUCAUUAUUAUUUUUAAUUAUGUGAAUUCUUUAGUUUUGUUUUGUCUUUUGAUUAUGGUGGAAAGGUAUAUUGUGUAUUUGGUUGACAUUGACAGUUUCUAAUAUUGUAUCUAAUUGUGGGUAUACAAAUAAUAAAUCAG